UCGUCUCCACCGGCCAGCCAGCAGCAGCAGAGUGGGGCUCAGCACCAGCUCCCCUCUCCCUCUCCCACCCCCCACCAGCCCCCUCCUCUCUUGGCAGGUCCCUGGACCCGCACC